AUGUUGACAAAUAACAAGAUUUUUGUGUGGAAUUGUCGGGGUGCUUCUAGUAGUGCCUUCUAUAGAUACUGUAAGAAUUAUGUGAAUCAAUACAAGCCUGCGAUGAUGAUAGUGGUAGAAACAAGAUGUAAUCCAACCUUGCCCAGUAAAGCUUUCAAGAAGUUGGGUUAUGACAUGAUCGAGAGCAGUGUUAAUAAUGGCUUUACAGGAGGGAUUAUUAUGGGUUGGAGAUUGGGUGAGAUGAAUGUCCAUGUGUGUCAGAAAAAUGAACAAUAUAAUCAUGUGAGUAUUAAGGAGGAUAAUGAUAUGAAGUGGUAUUUCACUACUGUUUAUGCUAGACCGAAUGAAGAUAGCAAGAAGAUCCUGUGGGAUGAUUUGAAAGUGAUUGCGAGUAGCAUGAGUGACCCUUGGAUGCUGGUCGGUGAUUUCAACGACAUUGCGUAUGUGAGUGAUAAGAGAGGUGGAGCCACUCCUUCUAUGAGUAGAUGCAGGAGAUUUCGUGAUAGAAUGGACAUGUGCCUUAUUAAUGAUGUGGAGGUUAGGGGUCCAGUGUUUACUUGGAGAGGCCCUAUUUAUCAUGGUGGGCAACACAUUUAUGAGAAGUUGGAUCGUGCUGUGAGUAAUGAUGAUUGGAGGCUGCAAUUCCCUGAUGCUUAUGUUAAAGUUUUGGCGAGGGUGGAGUUCUCGGACCAUCAUCCAAUUCUAGUUAACUUAAGAGAAGAGCAAAGUCAUUGGCGUGAGAGACCAUUCCGGUUUGAAAAUGCUUGGCUUAAUAAUGAUUCCUAUAACUCUAUGCUCAAGGAGGUUUGGAAAAAAGACAGUAAUGUGGAGGGGAACUUGAAGAAUGUUGUAGAUGGCAUUAAGAAGUGGAAAUUGGAUUCUUUUGACGAGAUUAAGAGAACCAAGAACAGUAUCAUGCGUAAGCUUGGAGGUAUUCAAAGGAGUCUUCAAAUGCAUGACAAUGUAGGAGGCAUGAGGAGGCUAGAGGUUAAGCUUCAGAAGGAGCUUAGUAAUAUUCUUAAUCAGGAGGAGCUUUUAUGGCAUUAG